AUGUCGGUCUUAAUCUCUUAUCAAACAUUAACGUGUAGACCCGCCGUGAGUUUUUUGAGAAGCGGCCAAACCACGCCUUCUUUUGUAGGUCAUCACUCGCUGGCGGACGCGCGUUUCCCUCUUCUGUGGCAGUUACACGACGGUUUCUCCCAUUUUCCUGACCAUCUGAAGCUUCCGAGCGUCAUGCUCUGCUUCGGCAAGCAUCAUAAAAAACAAACGGUUCGUUUCAGCUUCAUAAAAUGGAUUGACUGCCAACUUCCUAAAUAAAACUCUCUGUAGCUUUCGGCUAAUCAGCUACCGGAACGAAAAAAAAAACGGAGCGCAGAAACUUUGCGGACUCCAGAAGAAGGCAAACAGACUGUUUUGAAACAAAAGGACUCACGACGCGCCGCGCGCUUCCCCACCAAGAAUUCGGCCAUGUGCAGUGUCCAACAAAAUAAUCAAAAUUUCUUGUUUGAAAAUUGGGCAUACAGAAAAUCAGCUUUUCAUAGGGUAAAUGGAUGAAAAUGUACUUAGUGUAAUUUUUGAAUGAUGGAAAGGUGGGAAACUUGAAAAAAAUAAAUUUGUUUGUCAAUGAAGUUUCACAUUUUAUCAACAAAAUCGCAUAAGUGAUAUACUUUUAAAAUAUUGAAAUUAUUUAACAAAAUAUAUUUCAGAAAGCGAAGGAAAAAGAGGUCGCUGAAGAAUGCUUCUCAACCGUAAGUUGAUUUUUAUUCUGAUUGAAUUGAAUAUCUAGAGCCGUUAUCAUAACUCUUUUCCUCACUCUCUUUUCGUCUGAACCGGCUGGAAGCCGUUUGCAAAAGUCGCACAACUGUGAUAUUCUCACAGAUGAAUAGUGACAGUCUCCGCCCCCCGUAUUUCAUGCGCGAAAGAGAAAGCGGCGGUUUCGAAGAGGCCACUGAUAUCGAUUGAUCACCAAAAAGGUCUGAAGAGUAGCGAAGCGAACAAGAUGGAAAUCCUUUUCGAGGCAUUUCAUUUUUUUUACAUGAAUGACAAGCUGUCUUUCGAAAAGGCAUUUUGAGCUGGGAAGACAUUUUCUGAGGAAAAAAAAAGCUUGUAAGGUCUUUCGCUCGAAGCUAUGAUUGCUCUUCUUAGAUACCAACGAUAAAUGGAUGAAAGGCCCAUCCUGGCUUCCAAUAAAAAUUUCAAAAUUCAAAAGCUUCAAAAAUUCCUAAUGAUCAUAAAAUAUCGAGAUUUUUUCCCAAGGUGUUCAUCACUUUAACAAAAAGUUUUGCAAUACAAUAAAAAAUAACAUGUUCCCUCUCUGAGAAAUGUUCUCAUGGAAAGGCAAAAAUGAGAGCGUUGAAUUUUUCUUCCGCUUUUGAAAGAUGUCAGACAUUGAUCCUCGGGCUUCUCGUCUUCCUCGUCCAUGUUUUUUGGGUUGUUUGUUUAUUUUUUGACCCUGCCGUUUCCGUUGCUCCGAUUCGCUGCAACCACUGCAGCUCAUCUUCAUUUGUCUAAAUUUGAAGUAAUUCUGAGCAAACAUUUUAAGAAAUAAAGUUUCAACAUGUUCCGUUUUGCCCAUGUUUCCUGUGUUGAAUUCUUACUCUCUAAUCGUCAUUCUCGUUGAAAAUUUUUCGAAAAAAAAUAAGUGUUUGAAAAAUUAGAAAUCUUUUAUAUGGUUGGAAAAACUGCACAUUGGGUGCUCAAAAAGAAUAUGAUUUUGAAUGACUCCUCCCAUUUUUUUUCUCCUUUUUUUGACGCAAAUAAGAAAACUUGUGUUAUUUUUAAAGAUUUUUCAAAGACAUUCAUGAUAAUCUAUUGCCAAAUCUUUUGCCAAUCUCACGAAAAUUUUCGCUCCACCGAAUAUUAAACUGAUUUUCCUUUUUUUUUUUUCGAAUAUUUCAUUCAUGAAUGCCUUUUAGUCCUGUGUUUAUGAAAUUCUUCCCAACCCAUUAGUCGAAACUUGAUGAUUUCAUAUUUUCUGUACCAUUCUUCCCUCCUACGAUCUUUCAUGUUUGCACGCUAUUUCGUUUUUUUUUGUAACCUCGCUUUUGAGGGAGAAGAGGGCGCAGACAUGUCAUACUAUUAAAAAUAGACUCGAAUAGAGUAAAUUUUAUCUAGAAGUGUGCUGAAUGAUUUUUAGAAUAUUCCAAAAUGUCUAGUAAAACUAAGUCACAUGCUAGGAAAAAAAAUCCAACUAAAAGUAUAAUAUUCUCUUAGAAUCAGACAAUUAUAUUUUUUUUCCUUGUUAAAGGACUUGACAUGAUAAAUUUUUCGAGCUGUACGAAAAAUGCGAGUUAAAGGGCCUUUGCAAUGAACCGACACCAAUAUGGGGGUGAAGAAAACGCGAGUUGGAGCAAAGGAGAUUAGAAACCCGAGAAGCCAAAUCGUUUUGGCUUUUCUCACUCGUUUGGCUCGUUCGCCGUUCUCCCGAAUAUUCCCAACCCUCCUUACUUUUCAAAAAUGGUUAUUGUUCAUAAUAAUUUCAGAAGCAAAUGCUGGAACCACGGGACGAGGCUUUCGCAGUAGAGUACAUAACUUCCCGACUUAUCGGUGAUUUUUUUUUACUUUUCUUGAUUCUUUGACAGCAUAGUGGAGACGAAAAAACUGUUCAAAUUUCAGCCUUAAAAUGUCCGUUGGAGACGAAUGAGAAGACGUUUGGCGAAAGCCUUCAGAAGGCCGCAUCCACUUUGUGGACAACUCACGGAACCCAUUUUAAAGUUGCUUUGAAAUAGAAGGAGAAAUAGAAGGAAUGAGAUGCAGGUUUGGUGCGUGUCGAGAAGACGUCACGACGUGUCAGCUUCGCUUGAAGUCCACAACACGGGAUGGCCUGGAGACGUGGCGCCACCUCUGGAGAAGCUUUGUGUCGUGUGCAAGCAGGUCGAUCAGUUCCUGCUCGACCAUCCGCUCAACGUCGCCGUCCUCUUCUGCAAGGUUUUCCAACUUUUGCACUUCAAAGAAGUCGGAAAUCGGCGCAGUGCGAUUUUGAGACAAAACACCGGAAAAAUUGUAUCUACUUUUUCUAUUUGAUCACUUAUUCUGGUUCAUUUCGGGUUUAUCCUGCUGCGGCUAGUGAAAUUACUCCGUUGAGAUAAAUAAAUGAGACUUCUUUUUUUUUUGCAGGGACAGUUUUUCCGGUUGGCGAUCGUCGUUGAGGCGCUCAUGCGGUACAACGCAAUCUCGGCAAAGUGCUUCCGACCUCUUUCUCUUUUUUAUUAUGUCGAUUUCAGUGAUGACUCGAUUGAGGAUCGCAUUAGCAUGAAGAGGUUUUCGGAGCGAUACCUUGGACCCGAUGGACCGCCCAGUUAUAAGCGGUGAGCACCUCGAUAGAUUGUAGAAAGUUUGGAUUGCCAUAACCCAUAUUCCUUCUGGGAGCUCAUAGCCAGUCCUCUCCAUGUGCCCUAAAAGGACAAUAUUCGAAAGCCUAGACAAAUAGUUCUCAAACUAACUAUGCAAUAUUAUUGAGAGUUCAAGUUUUUUUUUUCCAUUGGUGCUCUGAGGCCACAACUAUCUCGAUCAUGAAAGGCGGCUCUAAGUAUAAUUCUAGGUAUUUGGGAUACUUCUCUUCGUUGCUCUCGGGCAGAGUACACGUCGAACCAGUGCCUCUGCACCUGCAGCUCCUCACUUUGCGCAGUUUCCCGCCUGUGACCGUCUACCUCAAGGUCUACGAAAGACUUCUGCCCGUGUUCCAGUCCAAAGACGUGUACGUGGACUCCUGUCUGAGGACUCAGCCCCUAUUCGUUCUUCAGAACGCUCAAAGAAACGACGAAGAUCGACUUAGGCGAACUUCGGCUUCGCGGCGACGUUUUCAUCAAAUGCGUCACUGUUUCUCAGUACGAUUCCUUUCUCCGAGCUUCUCAAUCCGGAAACAGUUCUUGUACGUUGAGGAAUUUUUCAGGACAGGAGAUCGGCGCAGUUUCUUCACAUGUCAGCUCAACACUUGCUCGCAGGAGGUUCCGACGACAGAAGGAGGCAAAAAUGUCGCAGUUCUUCGUUUUUUCAAGGAGGACCUUGACCUCAUCUUCAAUGGUUUGAGUUUUCUAUCACUGAAAGUUUCAAAUUUGAUUUUUUUAAAAAGUUAGUUAAAUAUUAUUUGAGUGUGAUUGACAAAGCGGAGGAGAUUUCUUUAAAAACGAAUUUUUUUGCUUCUGGUGGUUUCGGGUCGAUGAUGUAAUAAGCAUUCUAUGAUGGUAAAUUAACGCGGUAAAAUGAAUAAGAAACAUAGAGACCUUCAACAGUCUUAAAACCUAGCUUAGAGAUAAAAGAACAAGGUGAGCGUGAGUGUGAGUGUGAGGAAUUGAUUAUAUUCAUGAUUUUGGAUGCAAAAUCGAAGACUUGAAAAAUGUUUUAAUGAAAGGAAUAUUUAUAACUACGGUAAUCUAAAAUGGAACUGAAGAAGGACAAUGGCCAGAAAAGAGAAAUUAAAGCUUUUUGAGAGCUAGUGAAACAAGAAAGGGAAAAUUAAGUUUUGGGAGAAGCCAUCGACAAAAAGCUGUCCGAUGGAAAGAAGAAACUGAACGAAACUUUCCAGACAAACAGAUCGACAACAGCGCUAUGUUGGAGCUGUCGGUGAGCCGCGACCCGACGACGUCAUCGACAACUUCGACGCGAAGCUCGGCUCUUCUGCGGGCCAACAGUUACGAAUCUUUCGACGCCUUCGAAGGUCCGUUUUUCAAUUUUUCUCUUUCCAUUAUGUAAUCGGGUUUCUUGCGCUUCCUUCUUCUUUUUUUUGCCACACUCUUCUUCUUCUUUUUUGUUUCCGUUGCGGCGAGACUCUUAUGGAAGAUUUGCUUUCAUUCUACGAAAAAUGCAACUCGGCGUUUGUUUUCGACGCAUUCAUUCUAGCCAAUAUUCGUCUUCGCUCAUUAUGCGUCACAUCCUUUCCUUUUGACCGCAUCUACACAGCUGCUAACGCUUUUGUACUUUACUGUUUCAUCGUUGUAGUUUUUUUUUCUUAAUUAUUAGGGACAUUCGCAGAUUUUAGAAAGAUGAAAGUAAGAGUUCAGGAUCAUGAUCACAAAAUUUUAGAUUAAUAUGAUCUUUUAGAUAGUAUUUGUUCAAAAUUUAAAAAACAGCCUUUUGAAAAAAAUAUUUCUCCACUAAUUUUUAAUAAGUCUAAAAAUCGUUCUCCGAGAAAAUAUUAUUUAAAAAAAUCAGUAGAAAUGGAUUCAUUUAUCACUUAGAGAAGCAUUCCCCAUUCUAGACAAUGGUCAAAAAAAUAAGCAAUAUUCACUUUUUUUGGUUACUAGUGAAUGGGGGGUAAAAGCUUGAGAGAAAUUUUUCGACGGAGGCUCAUGCGAGCUCAUAACUCAAAGAGGAGUUGAAGUAGAGCGGCGGAAGAAUUUGGCUCACUGCCCUGGCUCUUUUAAACUGCUUCCGUCUGAGAAUUCUCUCCAGGGGGACACCUGUUCUGGUCACUUCUCCACAACAAACAUCGCCCUUCAAUACUUAUUAUUUUCGUUUUCUGCGACUUUUUUCUUCUGGAUUUUUUACUUUUUGUUCUGGUUUUCAAAUCCAAUUAAAGAUUUCGGUCAAAAAUAUUAGGAGAAAUAGAACUUUUAGAUGUUUUUUGUCCACGACACACGUGUUCCAAACGUUUUGACCCUGCGACAAACCUGACGAUAUCGCUUUUCAGGAUGAGUGUUAUUCGAUCCUCGUUAUUUCCAACUCACCAUCGUUCUCUAGAAGCAACAUAGGUCGUUAUGUUUUUGAACUCUUCAGAUAACCCACGCUGUCAUGACUGUGUUUUCAACUUGAGACGUUGUUUUUUGAAAUAUUUGGGGGGAGGAAGAUGAUCGAGGUCAAAAUUCAGCAACAUCCAUCUUGUAAAAAAAGUGAAAAUUUUUCUUUUCGUUUUUUUUUUUGCUCAAAAUAGGGCUCUCCCCUCAGAAAACGCAUUCAGAGAUAUUGCGGCAAUAUCUGAUCGAUGAAAAAGUUCUGAUUUAACUCUAACUGUCGUCUGCACACUCAGCUGUAAGUGUACUUCGGAAAAAUAAAUGAUGAAAGGUCGGAGAGCCGAUAAGAGAUCUAUGAUUAAGAGAAAUUGGGAAGAGGAUCUUAAAAAUUUUCUUUGAGAUUUUUUGAGAUUUUUCUAAGAACUACUUUUUCCAAGCUUCUCAGAAGGUUUUCUUGCCACCUAUUUUCAGAAUUUUCAGUGCUAGAAGUACUCUUUUUAGCGAUUUUUGAAAUUGAUGGACCAAUCAGGACUUCUGACCCCGAAGUCAGCGCCCAGAGAGCGUACAUCGAUCGGCUCCAUAGCUGCGAUUACACUGUCCGAGCCGUCGCCGUCGGCAGAGCUUUUCCUGCCGUGGUCGUCCUCCCGCACGCCCCCGCCGUCGUGCACUAUUUCCGAGCGCUGUGUGAAGCUCCGUCGAUUUUUGAUUGAACCCUCGCUGCUACUUUUCUUCGGCGAUCUAUCCCUGUCUUUUGCUGUUUUCUUCUGUUUUCUUCUGAAUUUUUCUACGCGCAACAUCUCAGAUAUCUUUCGUUUCAAAUACACGAUAAUGUUUUCAAAGAGUUUUUUCGUAGCUGGUGAGUAUGAAAUCAAAAAAAAAGUAUAUUUUGUUGAACAACAUGUUCUAUCGUUUCAUAUGUUUUCCGACUGUUCUGGUUUAGGCAGUAAACAAUAGACACGAUCUACGAUAGUAAAACUCCCAACUUAUUAUUUUUUCUUUUUUUAGUGGGGACAAUUACCUUCUACCCUUUGCGGAUGAUUUUCGAACUUUAAAAGUUUGAUUUUUUUUUUUGAUAUUCGUACUUUUUUUAAUAAUCCCAGCCUUCUCAUCUUUUUUUUUAUUAUUCUCUAUCGCUUUAAACCUUAUUCCAAGACUGCACAGCUUUUUGAGCUGUAAAUUGGAAGCUUUUCGGGAUAUUUACCUGCCUUCGCGCCUUGUCGGCAUUUCUGAGCCUGCAAGCCGCGGCUCUUGUUUUACGACUCUUCUUGCCAGCUUUCUGGAAGCUUUAAUUGUCGAACAAAGUUAGUUUUGCAGACGAGAACACAAAUCGCAAUCCGGAGGUUGAGUACAGCGAAAUAAAGAAGAAGAGAGUCGACGACGACAAAGUGAGUUUGGAUAAUGGGGCAACCUUUCAGAAAUCAUUUUUCAGAUGCCGGGACCGCCGGUGCCGCCGAAGCCGUCGACUCCUGUACAGAAUGGAGAUCUUGACAUGCCGGAACGGUUAGAUCGAAAUUCUGAACACGGCUUGAGCUGGUGGUUCCUUUCAGACGUGGUGUGCUACCAGCUCAGAUCAGAGCCAUCGUCAAUCAGAACAAAGCCAUGGAGGGUCGCGCGACGCCGAUCAUCGAGCCUGAUCUUGUCGGCAAGGACAGGUGAUCUAAUGAAGCGAACCCAAUACCUGGAUCUUUUCAGAUACGACAAGGCAUCUCGCUGCUUCUCUUACGUGCCAGCCAAGUCGAUGCAGGAGGCCUUCGAAAGGCCACGACGGCAGUCCAUCACGAGGACCAUCGAACGUCGCGAGGACAGCGUCGAGAACGUCAGCGAGGCCGACAUCGCCAGGGUCUUCUAUUUCCUCUUCCUUUAUCGUUCAAGCGGCAAAAAUAGAAAUGUCAGACAAGAUUCCUAAGCGACAGCACACAGUCAGUUAUGAGAAACUCAUUUUGCAAGCAAAAAAUAGCCCGGAGGUAAGAAAGAUUUUUUCAAGAAGUUGAAUUAAAAUUGAUAUCUUCUUCAUUUGAAUUUUUUACACGCGCAUGCGACAGUCAAGCGAUUUUUUCUAGACUGGCUUUAUUUUUUGCAAAGUACAGCUUGCAAAAUUUUAUUAACAGACGUCUUCGGCAGUUUUUUAGGAGAGUUACGGAAUUCCGGAUGAGUUUAGAACGUCUUCUGGUCAGAAUUUUUUAUACAAAAUAUUUCUAGAACUGAAAAAGCCGUACUCAGCUUUUUUUACUGAAGCCAACAAAAGCGCAUAUUUUAAUAAAGAAGAUUUUGAAAUUAGCUCCUUUGAAGGAGUAGUCGCUAAUUAUUUUAGAAGAAACAUCCCGAAAGUUGACUUCUCCCAAUGAAACUAUUCUCAAAGUAAGAAUGACAGAAAAAUCCAUUUUUGAACUUUCGCAACUUACAAGGAAGGUCAUUUAACUUUGCGGUUGGGAUUUUCUUGAAAAUUGGCCAGGAUACUCCUUGAAGUGCCAGAAAAAGAUUUUGAAAGUUUCAACCAGCAAAAAUUUCUAGUUUUCAAGCAAGAACAUCUCCAAGUCGAAGAAAACCCUUGAAAUCCGUAAAACCAGGCCAAUUUGAAACUUUGAGCCCUCAUUUCUCAAAAAACCCGGGAGUUGUGCAGGCUAAAACUUUCAGAACAGGUUUCUGGUACAUCAAAGAGUGUUUCGACCAAGAAAUUUAAGAAAUUCCCAACCGCGAAGAGGAAUGACCUCUCUUGUUAGGUAGGAAAUAAGAACUGGAAUUUUUUUUUUGUCAAUUAUAGAUCCUUCCGUGAAAAAAAAAUUUUUAUUGAAUGAGAGUAGGCUUUUCCUGAUAAACAGAGAAAGUUCAUCACAUUUUUGUUUUUAGCGAAGUUCUCAUGGCGUAAGAAGCUUUAUGUAGAACUAGCGUUCAGGCGUCGAUCCCUCGGACCUUCGAGCAGCCCCGACAGGACGGCCCUCAGAAAUGGGACGAACAAGUCGAAAACGCCAAACAGGUUUCUUUUUCUCACAUUUAUUCAUUUAUCAGUCUGAUAUUUCUUGAAUUCAUGUCCAGUUUUUUUUGUCAUUCUUUACUUUUAUACAUCCUCCUCGCUUUUGAAUCAAAAUUGAUAGUCUCAAAGUUUAUUGUUUGCCUUUUAUGUCGUAGAUUUGUAAAUCACUUCUUAGAUUUAUGUACAAGAAUAGACAUCUCAUUUUUUCUCUCCCGACACCAUUUUUUAAUGCUCUUCUUUUUUUCCUGGAUACGCAGUCAGAGUUAAAGGGUCCAGUUUCUUGAUAAAACUUGUGAUUUUACUUUCUUUUUAUUUUUUUUCAUCUUUUCGAAAACGAGCAGAAUCAUGGACAAUUUUUUUUCUUCCUAUUUGAAAAAACUCCGUAAAUUGAAGUAGUUAAAGAAAACAGUUUUGAUAUUUCUCUUGACGGCUUGCUAAAAUCGAGUUUUCGCUUUGAUUUUUUUCUUAUCCGCAGGCUCAUUUUUUGAAUAUUUGCCACCAUAAAUAGUGAAAAAAUAAUUUUAUGGUUUGAUUUUCGCUGUUUUGAGGCGGCGCUUCUGGAAGAACUGGCAAGAGGAAUAACGCCAAGAAGUCAGUCGUCGGUCGGACAGCCCUACCAUCAGAUGCCGUCGGACUACGGCAGCGAAGACGCGCAGCAACCGCAGGCAAGUCGUGUGUCCACUGUCUUCCCCUAACUGCGCUUUCAGAUCUUCGAGCAGGCCCAGCGAGCCGUCGUUACUCCUACGUCGACCUUGCAGCGAAAGCCAAGUCGCGAACGCGGUGGAUCGCGCUACGGUAGCUACCGUACGCUCAACGACGACGCCUACUGGUGAUCAAGAUGCUCCCUUUUUGCAACCGACGGUUUUUGAAGCAGCGACAUGGACGACCUCUGCGACCCCGACUAUUACAUGAACUACACGAACCCGACGCCUUCCACCAACAGCCAACCUGCUCCAGCUCCUCCUCCGCGUCACGCCGGCGCCCGUAGCGUCCAGCUUCCACGUCGGCAGCUCCAACCUGUCGAGGCCUUCACGUCAGUCUCCACUUUCCCUUUUGGAACUGUACUCUCUGACAGUUUUGAAAAGGGUUAUAACAUUUGAAGAGGGGAAAUUUGAAGGAAAGCAGAUAAAAUGAAAUACUCGAAAAAGCUCAUUGCUUAAAUAAACAUUACUUCAAGAAAAGAAGUGUAAGUUUUCUCAUUCGAGUGCAAAAUACGUUUCAAAAAGACAAAUUACUGUUCAAAAAGCAAAUUUACAAGAACAAAUUUCAGAGAUCCACUGGACGACGUGCUCGAGUCGACGAAGAGACUCACUUCGGCCUAUUCGGUGGGCGACGUCCGUCAAGCCGAUUCUCCAGCCGCCUUCAGAAACCGCCACUGCCAAAGCGUCACUUCAGCCAAGUCGAACUUCACGGCUUCGAAAAACAUUCAUCUGAACCUUCAGAGCACAAGACGAGCCGACGACAGAAGAAGCAGACAGUUGGCUGAACGGAAAACUCAAAAAAGUUCGCAGCAAACGAGAUAUAGACCCUGACCUCGUAAUUUUUCUCUAUCGUUUGUCAAUUUAACAAUUUUCGACUCGCAGGUCAGACGUCGUACUCAGGAAAAGAUGUUGCUAGAGGAAUUGAAAGACCAACGAGGCGAUGUUUACGGCAACGAAGGUUCUACAAAAGCCAUGUUUCUGGUUCGAAACAUCUUUUGUUCAGGACCAGGACAACAGAACAUCGAUCCUUUGCUGGAGUUCCGAAAAGAGGAAGAGCGCCUGAAGAACACGAGGAGUCCCUACGACGAGCGCUCCUGGUAGUUGAAUUGCACGGGACAGAUAUCAAAUGAAAUGGCACAGGAGGAGCCGAAUGCGUGGAAAACCGCCGACGCCUCCGCCACGCGAAGCCAGCGCCAGUCCCGUCUAUCGAGCAACCCCGUCAAUGGAUGUCAGUUCAAUGAAAAUCUUCUCCGCUCAAGAAAAAGACGUGUUGAAGAAAGUAUUUGAAUUCAAUCAACGUUGAGCUUAAAGCUGAAUGAAGGAUUUUCAGUUCAAACAUUCUAAUUCCAAAUAAUUCGAUAAGUAACCAAGAUCCACUCUCAGUAUCAAUUCCGCAUGAGACUCAAAUCACUGAAAAAUUUGUUUUAUGCUGGUAAAUUCGUGGUUGAAAACUGCCGAGAAGAUCUGUACGAGGCAGGCUCCGCCUUCUAUUUUUUCUUUAGUCGCUCAAAUUUUAAAGAAGCAUUAUUUCAACUUUUCAAAAUAUUUCAUUAGAAAGAGCUGUCCAAUGUUUUCUGAACGACUUCGAAGUUUGGUCGGUUUUCAAAACUGACUUUUUACAGAUUUUUCAUUUUCUCUAAUUUUUAAUAUAUUUUUGUUGAUGGAAUUUCUUUUCUCAUAAGGAGGCAGAUAUUUCUGUAGCAUUCUUUGAUAGACCUACUUUAGAACUACAUGAACCGGCAAAGGAACAACUCAUCAGUGCCGCCGUCUCACCAUUACAACGAGGAAGUCGACUUCGACGUCAACUCGCUUCUCAGCUACAAUCCACAGGUUGGAAUCGGCGUGAAGUCGUUUCUAGACAUUUCGUCCUUUCAAAAAUUUCCGCGUCAAAAUAUCAAGCCUUUCAGCCACGAUUUUCACAAGUUUUUGAUGUUAAGCUUUGAUGCUUUAUAUUUUUCUGAUAAAAGCGAUUUUUCGAAUUUUGUGCCAGUUAGAUCUUUUCCCCUUCUUACAAUAUUUCUAAAAUAACGUGCUUGGUUUUAUAUAUUUUUUUGGAUACUAAGGCAAACGUAGAUAACUGCUAAUUGCUCAAGUUCUCCUGUUUUUUGUUUCACUGUAAUCUCUAGCCACUACGUUAUGUAUUCCUGAUUAUCGAACAGACUCCUUCAGAAAACCGAUGAGUCGACGAUGGAACGAGGCCGUGCCAUGUCCCGCGGAGCUCUUCUGCAGGACGCCUACUACUCGUCGCAGCAGGACUUGCCGGCGCGCUUUUACUCGGGCCAGGAGCGAGUCGCUGCGGCCAUUUUCCGUGCAGAGACACCUCAUCGCGACUUGUACGCCAGUGGCACUAUCAAUCGUGCAGAAACUCCGGGCCGUUACUUCCCCGAAAACGUCAGUUCGUCCAGAACCUCCUCACUUCAACUCGUCUCGUUCAGAGCGUGGUUCUGGAGCGGAGUGCGACGCCGUCGUUCCCCGUGUCGCGAGCGACGCCUUUGCCUUUCCAUCCGCUUCUCUUCAACAAUGGUCAGCAGCAAAGCGCCACUCUCAACGGACGGUUCGUUUGUCUUCUGUGAGGAGAUUAGCGCUGUUGGCUUUCCUCGCUUCGCUGAUAUGCCAACAAAUCAGAUCAGCAAGAACGCUCAACCUCACAAAUUCUAGUAAAAAUAUUUUUUCGUUUCAAGUUUUUAAAUCAAGUAUUUCUCUCAACGAAGUGUAGUCCACUUGGGUUGCCAAUGUUUUUUUGUACAAAAAAACUAUGGACGUAAGGAAUAAUGAUCAUAAAUAGUCACUGAUAACACAUUUUUGAUUUUAUGAUCUUAUCCAGCAAAACUGUCACUAGACGCGAAAGCAUAUACACAAAUUUUUCGAAUUACACAAAUCAAAAAUGAAAGUUACGUCACUAGGAUUUAUGAGGAAUUCUCAUCUGAACUUUUAAAGAGAUUCGCGCAAGUUUCCAAAUACUCCUAAACUUUAACUGUAAUAACAUAUCUUUUGAAAAUAUGGCAUGAUUUUUCUUGUUGAACCGAAACUUUUAUACCUUGUCACGAGAAGAAGAAAGUUUCAAUCGAUCGACGCCGUUCAUUUUAUCAUUUUUGUGGUUUCAGAUCGUCCUCCCCUAGAAACUUUGGUCCAGUUCAUCUUUCCCGUCGAUCCUCCAUGAAUUCUGUCGGUCAGUUCCAGCUUCUGAGCUUUUUCUCUUACAAAAUUUCAUCGCUCUUCUUUUGACACUGUGUUUGAUUUACUAGAAAAUAUAUCUCGAUCUACGUUUUUUUGUUAUUUUUUAGUAUGCUUCCCUUGUUAUUUUGUUGUUCAUUAUUUCUCUGUCCCAUUCAUGCGAAUGCUUGCGAAAAAGUUGUUUUUUCUCUUCCUUGAACCGGCUCUCACAAAAUAUGAUGUGUCACAAUCUUAUUUUUCUUGCAAGCACUUUAAAAAUAAUCCAGUUUUUCGAAUUUUCGAAUUAACUUCAUGACUUUUGUUCAAAAAUAUUUUUUCAUGAAAGGAAAUAAUGAGAAAUUGGCUUUCAUUGACUUUUUUUUUGUCUAAAAAAACGAAAGUUGGAGCAUAUUUACUCUGUGACAAAGUAUGAUGAAAAGGAACCCCAAAUUUGGUUGACGAUUUCGAAAAGCAAACCAAACGGAAGUAUUCGGUAACUUCUGGAUGAUGAAUCUGAAAUCAUGGAAUGUGAAAACGAGUCUGUGAUAUGAUUAAGAAGAAAGUGUCAAGUGGGUCGGAAGCCCAGAGGGCGUGGCCACGUCGACAUCAUACACACCGACGAGAGGCGGGAGAAACCAGAGAGCGGCAGUCGGUGGCCGGCCGCAGCAGAACUCGCACUCUUGGCUCGCUGCCAACCAUGACCUCCUGUCAGCCGACAACUUCGAGCACCAGCGUCGUCGUCCACCUCCGCAACAAUCGCAAUACUGAAGCUCAAGCGGCGUCGCUGCGAACGAUUGCUGUCGCGCCGCGAUCCCAACCGUCGGAGAUCUCUCUGGCUUCUUCGGAAGAGAGUUCUGACCUUUCCGAUCACUCGGAUCCAGCGAUCGAGAAGGACUUGGUGGACGCGACCAGCUCCUCCAAGGAGACUGUUGAUGGAGCUGUAGAAGAGGAGAACGACGACUUCUUCGCUGAAGUUCCUCGACAGCCACUAAGCAUCGAGAAGGCUACGACAGUUCUCGAUAGAAAAACCAAUGGCAUCGGAGGCAUCUUGAAAAAAACCAUGAAAACAAAGGGUCAGUUUUGUACUGGAAUGAAAAGCCAAUUUUCAUCCUUUAGCAUAUCUGAUAGGUUCUUUUCAUUUAUUCCAGCCGGUCCUUUUCCUUCGAAAUUUCUCACUUUACAACUACGUAUAGCACAUUUUUACAUUUCUCUCUGCUCUUUCCCCUUUUAUAUUUCCGCAAUAACACACGUAAAGUGUCUUUGUUGGGCCAUUUGCCGCGCCUUGUCCCAAAUAAUUCUUUUCCUCACCUGCUGAGCCACGUUCUCAAAGACCACACCCUGUCAUUCAAAGAUGUAACGACAGAUCCGAACUCUUUUUUUUUUGAUAGGAAGUUCGUGGAAGUGCAGAGGGAGAAUGAAUUUUGGAAUAAAGACUUGAUACUGACGAGUCGAUUGCAGAUGCCUCGGAAAUCAUCCACCAACAUCCGCUGUUCGUAAAGGACACGUCCAAGUAUUGGUAUAAGCCGAACAUCUCUCGAGAACAAGGUUCGUUCAUUUCUAAUGUUUUCUGAAUUUUUGUUUUUUUACUGAAAUGGUAGUAGCUUAGAUGACAAAGUUUUGAGAGAAGGUUAAAAUUAAUUUUACUCCGAAAAUCCACCAAUAUUUUUCCAUUCCAUAAAUUUAGAUAUGGCAGAAGUCUUUGCCCAUUAUGAAAAUGUUGCAUUUAGUCUACGUAGAACAUUUUUAAUCCGUGAUUUCGUUUAAUAUUUGAAUGGGAAGAUACAAGCUUCUGGCAACUUCUAUAUGUAUCAGUUGAACCAGAUGAAUUCGAACCUUUUUGAAAAGUGUUUUUUAAUCCUCAUAGUUUAUAUAUAUUCAUUUGGAAAUUCCUUGCAUCUUUUUUUGAGCCUCGGGGUAUUGCUUGCUUCCUUCAAACCAGAAAAUAGACCCGACAACCCUGCAAAUUCAAUUGUCGUAUCUCUGGCUCCAUCUUUAAGCUUUUCGAGAGAAUAUUCAAUUGAGCUUUUUUGCAUUCCUCAAAGAACUACCCAGCAAGUAUCGCGACCCAGUUUUGCCUUCUAAAAGAAGAAACAGAUAAUGGAAAGCUUUGAACGCCGGAUGACUUUAACAAAAGGGCGCGAAGUCCAUUGAACGACAUGAUCCGGCUGUAGUGCGUGACCUCGUGUCCCUGCAGCGGAAAGUCCGACGUGCCAGGCCGUCUGUGCAUUACAAUGCGGUUUGCGGCGUUCCCUGCGAUUAUCUCGUCGAGCUACGCCACAUCGAUCCGAUCCUGGCAAACUUGACAGCUUUUUGACGGAAUUCAAGAUAGUUGAGCAUGAUUUCGUUUCUGCAACAAACACAAAACUCGAUUUUAGUCAAAAUAAUCUAAAAGAAGGUCUUCAAAAAACAACAGUUUUGAAAAAAGAGCAUUCAAUUUUUUUCAUGGUGCAGGUGAGCUUGAAAUACACCCUUGGCACAGCAGUGAAAGUAGAAGCUGCAGCAACUGCGUAGGCUCCCGCGGGACUCUUUUUAUUCUUGUCCUUGCUACACAACAUUUCCAGAACAUGUGAGAGCGAAUAGUUAGCGUUUAGACAUUCCCCAGGGUUUUGCCUUUGAUUUGGCUCUUUCCGCGCCGAGGUUAUUUCUGAUAUGAGCCUGAUUGAUGCUCCAGACGAAAAAAAAACGGGAAACUCCUUCAAAGGGCGAAAAUCUCUUUUCAGCCUUUGGAACAUUUCGAAUCCAAACAAUCAGAGUCCGUAUCUUAAGAUAAAGCACAAGUUUUUUUCAAAACUCGAGGUUAUCAAUAUAAUUAUAAAAAUCAAGAACGAUAAAUUUUCAAAAAAUUUUCGGAUUAUUAGCUCUAACAUUGAAAAAUCUUGGCCCAUCUCAAAACGUCACAUUGAAAUAACCUUCUUUUUCAGCGAUAAACAUGUUGCGAGACAAAAACCCUGGCACAUUCGUCGUUCGCGACUCUAACAGUUUUCCUGGAGCUUUCGGCCUUGCACUGAAAGUAGCACAGGCGCCACCUGGAGUGCAUCCAGGUUAUUCAUCAGUUUUUAAGGGGGAAACAACAGUCUCACCGAAAAAUUGCAGGUGAUGGCUCGGAACUGGUACGACACUUUUUGAUAGAACCAUCCCCUAAAGGCGUCAAAUUGAAAGGCUGCAACAAUGAGGUGUGUAUAUUCAUCUCUUACAUGGGAUAAAAAUUUUUUUCGAGUUUUUUUAAUCGAAUUUCGAGGCUUUGGGUUAUCUUGUAAUAUCAUCAGAAGUCAAACAUGGACCAAUUUCGUAAUUGUCUUGCCCAUUCAUAGUUGGAUUUUUUGCAGCCUGUGUUUGGAUCUUUGUCUGCACUGGUGUAUCAGCAUUCGAUCACGGCGCUGGCUCUUCCCACGAAACUCGUACUCCCUGAUUUUGAUCCCGCUGCAACUCCAGAGCACGUUUCCGCCACACAAGCUCUUCUCGAGCAGGGCGCUGGUAAAAUUCUAUCUUUUUUAGUUGCAAAUAAGUCUAGAGUUUUUUGAUCGUUUUAAUUAAUUAUUGCAAAACAUGGUUUGAAAGAGGAUGGUUUCAUCUAUUUGAUGAGUAAAAAAUAUUAUUCGAAACGGAAUUUGCAAACCCUUUCCACAUUUAAUCGUCAUAAGAAAAAUCCCAAACAAUUUUUUUUUACAAUACUAAUGCUCCUUCUAUCCAGAUAUUUCAGAAAUUAGCUGCUCUUAUUUUUUCAUUAGCUGGUGAGAACUAUGCCGAAAAAAUAGAUUCGAAUGUCUUGAUGACGGAGAUUUUUCAGCGUGCAACGUAGUGUACAUCGGGAGCGUGGAAGUGGAGUCACUGACCGGCAGCGAAUGCGUAAAACGUUCAAUCGCCUCUUGCUCACAACGAGUCUACGACCAACUCACUCGCGCCGUCUCCGUCCACUUCAAGGUAGCCCUCUAGGGGACACUUCUGGUGACACUUGUCGACUUCAGGUGUCGUCGCAAGGUGUCACUUUGACGGACAACACGCGUAAGGUCUUCUUCAGACGCCAUUUCUCUGUUAAUUCUGUCAUUUUUGCUGGCCUCGAUCCUCUAGACCGAAGGUUUGGCAUAGCUUUACUUGUGAAAUGUCCGUCUCCACGAGUAUUUUCUUCAAAUUUUAUGAUCUCAAAAAAAGAAACAAAGUUUUUAUUUUCCUAAAUGGUAGAGAGCAAGCUCUGUUUGUUUCGCUCCAUGGAACUGGUUGCCAGGUCUUUUUUGAUGGAUACAAAAAGAACAAAACACGCAAGGAAGAAAAAAAAACGCGUUUUCCAUGCAUUUAUGAUGGUUCUUGAUAUUGCGCCGUGUCUUCCGGAAUUUCCUGGCUUUGAAAAAUUCACAGAGCUUGACUUAUUUUCCUCCUUGAUUUAGGUCAAGAAAUAUUUCAUAAAUAACCAAAACGGAAUAAUUUUUUUUCCAUGAUGUGCUUUUACACUGUGGGUCGUUAGCUUUUUAGCUCAGAAACGGGAAGAAAUAGAAUUGGAAAAGGUCCGAAGAGAGUUUGUAUCGAUUCAGGAGGUCUAUUAUUUCAGAAGAAUGUUUUUUUGAAAACCAAAGUUGACGGCCAGUUGUAUAACUGUUUGAAAGUUUGAAAGUUUUAUUCAGUCUUCAGAGUAGGUUCUCUGCUGAAUCAUGGAAUAAUUGAAGAGUUGUUUGUCGGUUCGCGAUAAUGUCGUUGAUCAAGCGUAGACGGCGCGUAGAGCAUCUCGCCUCUCUUGUGCUAGUAGUAGACGUUUUUCGAGCGUUUCCGACGAUCACUGCUUCUCCAUGUAGGAACAGUACGGCGCCCAGCUUGUCCAGGGCUGACGGGCGUCGGAUUGAAUCUCGGACGAGAGCGGAAAAAUUUUAAACAGUUAUUUUCUGAGAUUUUGAAAGCAGCGAGGUAGCUGAACCGAGUAUAUGGACCGCUUUCCUAACCCUCCACGACGUCAAAAAAAACCUUAUAAUUAAUUUGCUUGGAACAUUUUGGAAUGAUAGGGAAAUGGACAGGCUGAGACUCAGAUUCUGAACUGCAGGUUCGACAACCAGCACGCGCUCGGGUUCCACGAAGGCUGUGUGAUGCAAGCACGGAUGUUCGGAUUCGUCGCACGGCUGCCGUCGUCGAUGGAGAACGCAUGCCACGUCUUCGCCGAGCUCGAGCCGGAGCAGCCAGGCGCCGCCGUUGUCAACUUCAUCAACAAGGUGAUGCUCGCCCAGAAGAAUCGUUGACAUCACCUGCCCCCGCAUUCUUCUCCUCUUUCCUCAUCUCCGGUUGACUUAUCAUAAUUCUUCCGCCCCCAUUUGUUUGUGUUUUGUAGAUGAAUCUUCCGAUAUUUUUUUGUUACUUUCUUCUACCUUUGAAAUCGCUUUAAAAAGCUUGAAAGAGAUUGUUUUAAUUUUUUUUUACGUUGCAUAUUUAUCAGACUCCGAAGCGCCAUUUCGCUCAGUUUAGCUCUUUAUAGUUAUUUUUUUGAAUUUCUAUUUUUGAAGAAGGUAUGCUUCUGAGUCUUUUUGCUUCCUAAUCAACUUUCGUUACGGUUUGCUCUUUUCUUCUUUUUUGAUCAGUUCCUCUCGUCACCCCUUUGAAUGUGCCUUAUAAUUAGAGAAUUUAUAUGUUAAUUAUUUGAAUGAUUUUCAAUUGAACUGUAUAUAUCGGAGAAAUUGAAUGAAUUAUCUUUUGAUUUCAAUUCUUCUUUUGACAGUAAGAUUUUAAACGAGAAGAGAGUCAUUCUCAGAGAAACUUCAAAAACAAGACAAUAGAAGGUUGGCAGGAAAUUCGCGAAAUAGAUUGACAGGGACGAAAAAGGAACCUGAAAGCAUCUGACCGGAAUAGUCUGUCCAUUCGUCUUUGACGUGUGGCUGUUUGCUCGCAGCCUGCUCAUUUCGUUUCAUGAAACGACAGAACCUCGUCUGGCUGGCCGCCAACUUAGUCUCCACGUGCGUCGUCUUCGUCUUUGGUUCAUCUUCUGAUUCUGAUGGUUUUUUUUAGGAAAUAUAUUGGGUAGAAAGUUUUUUGACAUUUUUUCUGCUUCUCUACUCAAUACCUGACGCAUACUUCUGGAAAAUAGAGAAAAAACGGUAAAUUCAGCGGCUGACAGUCGACCUUCGAUGUGGCAGCGGUUGCGUAGUGACGUCAUGGAUGAGGGGAAGGCAACCGAAAAGAUCGUUCUCGUGCUCAAGUGAAAAUACUUUGAGAAUUUUGAGCAGUGCAGAUUCAGGCUCGCUCUCAUUGGAACCUUCAUCGUUUCUGCAGCUGCCACGAUCAGUUUUAUGAUACUCUCGCUUCGAAAAAUUUACUACGUUGCAUCAAACUCUCCUGCUGUUGUCAUUAGAGCUUAUCCUUGAGAUAAAAGUUUAUAUACUUCGAUUUUCUUUCCACAAACUAUUCUCCAUCUUUUUCUUGAGUUAUACUUCGGUUAUAAGUGGGAAGCUGUAGGUAGGUACGCUUUCUUGAAAGUUCAUCCUCUAUCGAGCCUCUCUGAGAGCAUUGAGACUUUUUCUUUACUGUAGAGAUUAUAGUAAACAAUUCAAUUAUUUUUAAGUUUUUUUAAUCUGAACGAAACUCUGAAAUAUUUUUGAAUAAAUUAAUUUUUUUGUCAAAAAAACUUUUUUUCUUCUCCAUGAAAAAAAUCUCUUCUCCAUGAAACUGUGUUUUUUUCGCACGUAGUGUUAUUUCCUGCAAAGUGCGCUCACCGCUAGUGGUAAAAAAAUUUUAAUUAUAUAAUUAUUAUAAAUAAUAUUUAAAUAUUAAAUAUUUAUUAAUGCCGUGUUCAAAGUGAUUCCGCGAAAUUCAAAAUAGCCGUCAGAGAAAGAGAAAGAUAACUAAAUUUUGGAGGGUCCGAGACAAUUUCGCAUUUCGCGGAAAUUACUUUGAACACGGCAUAAAAAAUUGUUUUAAUUGUGCGAAAUUGCGCUCACGGUGUAUGCUCCACAAACGCUGUGAACAAGUUCUCACGCGCAAAAGUUUUUUUCGUUUUGGAUUAAUCCUUUAUUUUUAAGUUCAACAAUCGAUUGUUGAACUUAAAAUUCAAUAUUUCAAAUGUUAGUUUUAAAUUUAAUCAGUAAAUAAACAUCUAAGAAUUCACAAAUUUUUUUGUAUGAACUUUUUUUCAUGUGCUUGGCAUAACUUUUUUUCGAAUUUUUCAGAAUUUAUUUCAUUACUCAUUUAUUGAAGAAGAGAUUUCUCCAAACCUUCGAGUUUUUGAAUAUUUUUCAUUAUAAUAAUGCCAAUGAAGCAGUUUUCAGAGAGAAAACUUUUGACAAAAGUCUCUGAUUUAAUGACCUCGGUGAUUUGGAGUAUCUAUUUAUUAUUAAAUUGUAUAUAAAAGUUCAAAUUGCCACCAUUCAGCACCUUCUCUCUGGGAAGGAGGUUUCAUAUAAAUAGAACAUGCGACUACAUGUAAGCCACGUAUUUCGAUUUUCAAAGCGAUUAUCUUCGUUCAUAACGACUCCCAUUUUUUAUGCAAACGCAGGUAUUCGUUUUUAUGACUUUUAUUAAGCGAUUCUUUUGUAAAGAACCCCAUAUCGGCCAUGCAUAUACUUCAAUAAUCGCGGACGCAGCUCAUCGCUGGCAGCUUUUAAAGUUUCCAGAUGAAAAUCACAUUUUUUGUACAGGUACAGACGAGCAUGGAAGCAAGGUUUUUUGAACAUUUUUCCGCACAGAUUUUUUCAAAAUUUUUUAGAUCUAUCAAGCAGCUCUGAAAGCGAAAAAAACGCCAAAGAACUUUUGCGACGAAGUUUCGGGAGCGUUCAGAGGUCUCUUCGAAAAUUUGCAGCUCUCAAACACUCAUUUUAUUCGAACCACUGAUUCUGAUCAUGUGAAAGCUGUGCAAAACUUCUGGGUAUGUAAAGUACCUUUCAUUCUUUCAAUAUUUUUACAGGAAAAACUAGAAAAAGCGGGCUAUAUUUAUAAAAGCACUUAUUCUGGCUACUACAGCAUUGUGGAUGAAUGUUUUUACGAACGAGAUGAGGUGGAGGAGAAAGAAAUAAAAGGCGUCAAAUGCAUGGUUUGAGUUGUGUUUUUUUUGGUAACCUUUCUCAGUUCUGGCGGUGAAAAACACGCAAACCGUGGUGGAAUGGGUAGAGGAAGAUAAUUAUAUGUUUCGGUUGAGCAGUUUCCGUCAAAAAGUACAGAAAUGGCUGAACGAAAAUGGUAAGGAACCCAUAUUUAGCGCAGCUCUAAUAUAUUCAUUAUUCAGAUGUUGUGAGGCCGAAGAAUUACUUGGCUCAUACAGAGUCUUACUUCGAUAUGGAAGAGGAUCUGUCCAUUUCGAGGUGUCGAAAACGUGUUCCUUGGGGAAUACCGGUGCCAAACGACCCUUCGCAAACAGUUUCGUCUUCUCAUUUCUCGAGUUCAGCAUGAAUUGAUUCAGAUAUAUGUUUGGGUAGACGCUUUGGUUAAUUAUUUGACCGUUUCUGGUUACCCUGGAAAACAGAAGAUUUGGCCUCCCACUUGUCAGAUUAUUGGAAAAGACAUUUUGAAGUAAGUUUGCGUUUUUUUUUUCAUAAAAUCUCUGGGAUUCUUUGUUGACAUGUUCAUGCUUUGGUAAAACUUCACAGAAAGUUGAAAAACUUGUUCCUACGCGGAGUGGAAAAGCUUCAAUCCGAUUUUUGUUGAAUAUUCAAAAUUUGAAAAAAAUAAUUUUAAUCAAAUAUUCUAAUAUAAACGUCUGAUGAACGCAGCAUGAGUGUCACAGAUUUCAUGCAUUCUAUUGGCCAGCGUUCCUGAUGGCGGCCGAUUUGCCUUUGCCGAAAUUAAUCUUUGUCCAUGGUCAUUGGCUCGUCGACAACGUCAAGGUGCUUUCCUCAUCCGGCAGUUCCCUUCAAAAAACAUAUUUUAGAUGUCGAAAAGUAUCGGGAACGUUGUCCGACCACAUGACGUCAUUUCCAAAUAUUCGGUUGAGGGACUUCGUUAUUUCAUUCUGAAACAAGGCAACCCUCACACCGACUCCAGUGAGUUUUUUACAACUCUCACCAAGAUUAUCAAACGGCUUGUUUUUCUGAACAUUCCCUCAUUAUGCGCGGAGCUUUGGAAAAUAAGAGCAAUUUUUUUUUUGAAGAAAGCGAAUUGGUUUUCUUGUUAACAGUAGAACAAUAUCUAAACACCAAGCAUAAAUGAGCUCAAUUGGAGACAUAGAAAAUUUCAUCUUUUGAGGGUCCUUAAUUUCAUUCACAGACCUUGGUGGGAAUUUCAGAGGACAGGUUCGGAAUCAAAUCUAGUGAAAUAAGUCUCAUUCAGAAGUCCAACUCUGAGAACAUUUCCUAGUGAGAUAAAUAACAGAAAAGUAAAUUUUUGAAAAAUUUAUGAUUUCUAUACACCCAUUGUUAAAAGCAGAAAGAACGUAGAAUUUUUAGAAAAGUAAAAUGUUUUUGACUGUUUUAGUGAUUUUUUUCAGAUUAUACAACUCAGAAGUGUUUGGAAAUAUUGAACAGCGAUUUGGUUAACAACAUCGGUAAUUUGCUCAAUCGAAGCACUGUCGAGAAAAUGAACCCCGGACAAGUGCUGAUAGUUCUCAUUCGUCCCAAAUGUUUCUCGUUCAGAAAUACGCAAAAGUAGUAGCCAUCGGAAAAGUGAAGGAACUUGCAUCGGAUCUUUUGAAGCAGCUCAACGAUGCUCCAAGUGACCUUAUUCUUUAAAAAAAAAAGUUAUUUCCGUUUUCAGGUGAACUGGAGGUGGUAUAUGACGAUUUGUUAUUUUACAAAGCUUGCGAAAUUCUGAUGAGAAUUAUGAAAGAAGCAAAUCGCUUCUUCCAAUCCAGCACCCCCUGGAAAGUUUCCGAUGACGAGGUGAAUUGUCCAAAAAACUUGUGAAGAUCCCGAAAAGCUCACAGGAACUGUUGUCGAUCUUGUACAUCACAUACGAAAGUGUUCGCAUCGUUAAUAUUUUGAUGCAACCAAUAGUUCCGGAGUUUUCUAACUUCUGCCUCGACAGGUUAUUUCUCAUAAUUGACCAAGUACAAUGAUAUCUGCAGACUUGGCGUCCCUAUUGAGCAAAGGAAACUGCAAAAUGCAAAGUUCGGGAAUUACGCCGGCGGGGAUCUUGGUACCAAUAAAGGCAUAGUUUUCGAACGGCUGUUGGAAUAG